CGGGGCGGGGUUAAAUAGAGGAUGUGAGCGGCAGCCCGCAGAUUAACCCGGCUCAGCUCAGGAACAGCUUGCCUCAUUCUGCCUGAAUUUACCCGGCUCUUUGUGUAUUCUCCCCCGGAUCUGAGCGGCUCGGUCCCCGUGUACCGUGAGGAAUGCCCGUACAGCUGACCCAGGACCGGAUCCAGAAGAUCUGGGAACGAUCGAAGGAUGACCCACCGGCAAACCGAAGAGCGGGCGGUGCCCCCCAUUUCGCCAACCCCCCCACCGUCAUCGUGAUGGUGGGUCUUCCGGCUCGAGGAAAGACGUACAUGUCCAAAAAACUCACCCGCUACCUCAACUGGAUCGGCCUUCCAACAAAAGUCUUCAAUGUGGGAGAGUACCGCAGGGAAGCAGUGAAGAACUACAGCUCCUACGAUUUCUUCAAGCCUGAUAACGAGUGUGCCGUUAAAAUCCGACAGCAAUGUGCCUUAGCAGCCUUAAGGGAUGUCCAUUCGUAUUUGAAGGACGAGGGAGGCCAAAUAGCAGUCUUCGAUGCCACAAACACGACCAGAGACAGGCGAGAGAUGAUCCUCCAGUUUGGCAAUGAGAACAGCUUCAAGAUAUUUUUUAUCGAGUCUGUGUGUGACGAUCCCAGCGUAAUCGCGUCGAACAUCAUGGAAGUGAAGGUGUCCUGUCCAGACUACCGGGACUGCAACAAGACUGACGCUAUGUUGGAUUUCCAGCGGAGGAUUGACUGCUACAAAACCAGCUACCAACCUCUGGACCCUGAUCAACAUGACAGUGACCUCUCCUUCAUCAAGGUGAUAGACGUGGGUCGGCGCUUCUUAGUAAACCGGAUCCAGGAUCACAUCCAGAGUAAGAUCAUCUACUACCUGAUGAACAUCCACGUCCAGCCCCGUAGCAUCUACCUGUGUCGGCACGGAGAGAGCAUCGACAACCUGGAGGGGCGUCUGGGCGGGGACUCGGACCUGUCACCGCGGGGCAAACAGUUCUCAGCUGCCCUGGCUGGCUUUGUGAAGGAGCAGCAGCUGCAGGACCUGAAGGUUUGGAGCAGCCAGCUGUGUCGCAGCAUCCAGACCGCGGAGCGCCUGGGAGUCCCGUACGAACAGUGGAAGGCUCUCAACGAGAUAGACGCCGGAUUGUGCGAAGAAAUGACGUAUAACGAGAUGAAGGAGAAAUACCCGGAGGAGUUUGCUCUGAGGGACGAAGAUAAAUACUACUACCGCUACCCUGCGGGAGAGUCCUACCAGGACCUGGUGCAGCGGGUGGAGCCGGUCAUCAUGGACCUGGAGAGACAGGAGAACGUCCUGGUCAUCUGCCACCAGGCCGUCAUGCGCUGCCUGCUGGCCUACUUCCUGGAUAAGAGUGCAGAGGAGAUGCCGUACCUGAAGUGUCCUCUGCACACGGUGCUGAAGCUCACCCCAGUCGCCUACGGCUGCAAAGUGGAGUCCAUCUCAUUGAAUGUGGAGGCGGUGAACACCCACCGAGACAGGCCAGAGGACAUGAAGAGGGGACCCGGGUCGUUGAUCAGGAGGAACAGCGUGACUCCUCUGACCAGCCCCGAGUCCAACAUCAAGAAACCCCGCAUCGACGAUCUGGACGAGGCUGGCUUCUCAGAGCUGCCUCCAUCUGUGUCCUCGCCGUCUCACUGCAGCCCUUCACAUACCCCCAUCAGCCUGUCUGGACAGCACUGGCUUGGCAGAGUUUGCCUACGAACCGUCCUCCAAUAUCUGAAGGUGGUUUCACUCUUAGCCUUUCAAACACACUGUAGAGGCUCUGCAUUGCUUUGACUGUAGUUCUGCUAGCAGUCAUAUCAGACACAAAUAAAUAAAAUAAACUAGAUUACUGUGACACAAUGUCCAGUUUAUGAAGAGCUAUUGGACCAAAGAAACACCAUCAGGCUGAAUUAGCAUAGGCUUGAAAGUAGCAUGCUAAAGCUGGCUUCCAAUAGCUGCGUUGUUGUUGAUGUUGGUUUGCUAGGUAGCAUGCUAACAAGCUAAAAAACAGUAUUCACAAGCUAGAAGUUAUUUAAAAUGUUUCUCUCCGAAACAAACUGUAAUGUGUUUUGUUUGUUUAUAGCUGGACAAUUUCAGAAGUCUAGGAAAGACAGACAGAUGUGUUUAAUGUGUCUGUGAAGGUUUUUCUGACUCAGCGUAAAGGCGCAAAUAACACCCACACACACAACCAGCAACCUCUUUACACAGUGAUUAACUCAGUGGUUGUUUUCAUGUCCUACUUUUGGGAUUACACUGCGUGAGGAAUUACGCUCCAAAAGAGGGAUUACUCAGCAUGAGGAAGUAUCAGUACAGGCUGUGUUUAUAUUAUCGUUGAACUUCUGGCAGCCAUUGUUAACGUGUUGCGUAUUUAAAGGUUGCUACACAGCAGGAUUCACAUUAUUGCUGAAUGUGUUUGCAUUACAGAACCUGAGGAGAAAGUCCUCGGCCCUGCACUGACGUGAGAAGGUUGGACAUCAGACUACAAGCAAGAGUUCAGUUAUGAAAAAUUGUGAAGAGACACAAGUAACUGUAUGUUCUAUUGUUAAAAAUGAUGGUUAUCAUUCAUUUUGUUCUCUUAAGUUCUCCUAUUUUAUAUUUCUUUGAGACUGAAGAAUUCAACAACUAUAAUAUUAUGAAAGGACAGCUCAGAUGGCUCCCUAUAAACUAUUUUCUACUUGUUUAUUAUUGAGAGACCAAAGACAGUCAUGCCUACAGAAAUCCUUCAGCCCAUCCUUUUUUCAACUUAAGGUGGCACUGUCAAUUUACAUUACACAAACUGCACAUUUUUGUAAUUUGUUUGCAAAAGAAGAUGAUUUAAUUGUAUGCUUACAUUAUAAAAUGAGCGAUUAUUUUGCACAGUGGGAAUACAUUUGUACUCUUGUUUAUUUUUUGUAUUUUUCAUGUCAUGGAGUUGCCGUAGUGCCUGUAGCGCUUGUUUUUUUCAAGCCUUACGCCACUUCUCUUGCCAUCGCUAUGGAAUAGAGACAACAUCUCACCUAAUAAGUCCAUAUAUCACUUUAAUAUUUAUUACAUAUUUAUUUUUCAUCAUGAUUAACGCUACAAUGCAUGUUAAUAAUUUAACUGAGUUCUUAAUUUUUUCUUUUUCUGUUUACAAUGUCUGCUUCGCACAAAUGUAACCUAUAUUUUUGUUAUAACGAAGCGUGCUGUUAAUAAUAUCUCUGUAAAUGUUAGUGUUCAUACAGUGUAAAUGAAGAGAUGCAUGGGAGACACUUUCUAGAGUCUUAAAAUGGAAAUGUACGAAGAACUAUUUUUGUACUGAUGUUUAGAAAGAAGCCUCUGCUUACUUCUCUCAGCUGAGACCUUUAACAUGUUUGCACGAAAUACUUAAAAUGUGUCUUUUGUUUUGUUAUUAUAUUAUUUAUUUAUUUUUUGUAGUUUUGGAUGCUUGGAGGGAGAGGUACCCUGUUUCAAUCUGAGAAACCAGUAUGUUUUACAGUAAUGUUGCAUCUGCUGGACCAAUAAAAGAACUGCUAAAAAUCUAAA